GAGAUAAGUUGUUAUGCAUUUGGCAUUUUGUUCAAGUCACAAAUUUAGUAGAGGAAGAAGCAAAAUCAUCAAAAUGAAGAUUUUUCUGAUAUUAGCUAUUUGCCUUCACGUGCCAGUCCGGGGGCAAUCCCCCGAAUUCUGGAACGCCCAGGCCCGAUCCAGUAUCAGUGACGCUCUCAACCUUGAAUAUAACACCAAAGCGGCCAAGAACGUCAUCGUCUUCGUAGGCGAUGGCAUGGAUGUAUCGACCGUGGUCGCCUCCAGGAUACGACAGGGCCAACAGGAAGGCGUUGAGGGGGUCGGCAACGUACUCGCCUGGGAGGAAUUCCCUUAUGGGGGUCUUGUAAAGACGUAUUCUACUGACUUCCAAUCCGCCGACUCUGCGAGUACCGCUACCGCAAUCUUCGGCGGUGUGAAAACCAAGGACGGGGUGAUCGGACUCGACGACGACGCCAAACGCGGUGAUUGUGCUUCGGCGGCCGGCAACGAAGUCGUCUCCAAUCUUCAUCUUGCACACACGCAAGGCAAGUCUACAGGCUUCGUCACCACGGACAGCGUCACGGGUGCCACGACUGCCGCCCUCUACGCUCACUCACCGGAAAGGGAUUGGAACAGCGAUGCAGAUAUACCUCGAAUGCAAGAAGGGUGUAAAGACUUGGCUUACCAAUUGAUCAUGGACAAUGACUUCAUCAAUGUCAUUCUCGGUGGUGGAAGACAAGAAUUCCUGCCAUCCAGCCUUGAGGAUCCCGAGUAUUAUGACGUAUAUGGUCGACGUGCAGAUGGAAACGACCUGAUUGGUCAAUGGAAAGCAGAGAAAAAUGGCGCCAACUCGCGGUACGUGUGGAGCAAAGACGAAUUCGACAACAUUGACUCGACAACAACUGAAUAUCUACUUGGACUGUUUGAACCAAGUUUCAUGCGAUACGGAGCCGACCGCGAUGCCGAUGGUGCCGGGGAACCCUCUCUUGCAGAAAUGACCGAGAAAGCUAUUAAAAUCAUGGAGAAAGAUGAAGAUGGAUUUUUCCUAGUAGUAGAAAGUGCCUUGAUCGACCUCAGUCAUCACGUGGGGAAAGCCGGCGAUGCCUUAGCCGAGACCAUAGAGCUAGCCAAUGCAGUAGAGAUGGCUAUGGCGUUGACUGAUCCAACGUCGACGCUUAUUGUCGUCACAUCCGACCACGCCCAUACCAUGGGCAUUAUGGGAUAUCCCAGCAAGAACAACCCAAUUCUUGGUACUGUUGAUGACCAGGAGUCGCUUGACCGCUUACCCUACACCACACUGACCUAUCUGAACGGACCAGGGGGCGUUAAUGUCCAGUCCAACUGGGAGAACAAUGGUAACAGGCGAGAUUAUAGUGGCGUCGAUACAGAGUCACGUGAUUGGGUACAAGAUGCCAUCAUCCCCCUACAAGCAGAGACGCAUGGUGGAGCCGACGUUCCUGUAUACGCCCAAGGCCCAUGGUCCCAUCUCUUCGCUGGAAUCCACGAGCAGAACUACAUCGCACACGCCGUGCGUCACGCCGCAUGCCUUGACGCAUCCGCCAGCAGCGCGUGCGCUUUAAGCGGAUCCCAAGAUGACGUCAUGGGCAUCAGAGGAGCUCGCCCCGCCUACAACGGACGCUAAUUUUAUGUUGAAAAUUCCCUGUCAUUUCGAUGGUGACGUACAUAUUGUUAAUUUAAAUGAUACACUUGUAAAGCCAAGAGCUAAUACCGUUAAAGGGAUGCUCCGGGCUGAAAAUGAUAUGAUUUAAACAGAUAAAGAAAAAUAAGACAAAAUAAUUGCUGAAAGUUUGAUCAAAAUCGGACUAUAAAUAACUGUACAUAAUGGCAUGUGCAUUAUUCCGGUGAAACAGUUCUAGGUAUGCCUUCAUGAAUAUUCAAUGAGCAACUUGAAGAAUUUAUAAUUAU